UGGAUUAUUCGGUUCCACACUAUUCAAAUCAUAGUUUAUUUCUGAACACAUUAACUACAGUAUCGUUCACUGUACAUAUAUGUUAAAGUUCAGAGAGAGUAGCUGAUGCCUUUUUGUUUGAUUCAUUCAAAUUGUAAAAUUUCAAACGUCAACUUAUAUAGCACACUCAUAACUGGAUACUUUGCAAACACAUUAUAAACCAACUCAUAUUUUUUUCGGAUUAGUCGGUUUUGUUCUGAUGAUCCUACACAGCACCACUGAUUCCGGAUUGAGUCUCAGCAUUGAAAAUGGUGAAUAAACGUUUCUCAGCAUUCUCUCGAAAAUCUCUUCUGGUUAGAUCAGUCCCAAUUCUGUUGGCUGGAUGUGUCCUUCUUUAUUACAUCUACUUGAAAACUACGAUUGUGCAUCAGCAGAUAUUUAUUAUUGAUCAUCAAUCCAAAUACUCAAAUGGAAGCAUCAAUGGAAAUGAGGAAACCAUAGCCACUGGAACCUUUGGUGAUCAUAAUCUUUUGGCAAAGAAUGGGAAUGUUUCAAGCUCCAAUGAAAAGGGUCUUUGUCCCCUUGUUUCACCACAUUUGAGAGGAGAAUUCAAACCAACGCAUGUUAUACCAGAAUCUAUUUCCAAUGUGGAGGAUGAACUGAAAAUGGUUGAAGCACUGCCAGCCUUGGGAGGCUCUUGGCAGCCCAACAAUUGCACGGCAAGACAUCAUAUAGCUAUAAUAGUUCCUUGCCACGACCGAGAUGAGCAUCUCAGAGCUCUGCUGAGGCACUUGCAUCCAUUCCUGCAACGCCAGCAGAACAGUUAUGGCAUAUUUGUCGUUGAUCAAAAAGAGGAUGGACGACCAUUCAAUAAGGCUAUGAUAAUGAAUGCGGGCUUUGCUGAAGUGAAUAAAACGGGUCAAUUCAGUUGCUUUAUUUUUCAUGAUGUCGACCUUCUUCCAGAAGAUGAUCGAAAUUUGUAUAGUUGUGCAGACCAGCCGCGUCACAUUGGAAUUGCUGUUGACAAAUUGGGUUAUCAUCUCCCCUAUAAUACAUUAAUUGGUGGAGUCGUUGCAUUCACCAAAAGUCAAUUUGAGAGAAUAAAUGGCUUCAGUAAUUUGUAUUGGGGAUGGGGAGGAGAGGAUGAUGAUGCUGCAAAAAGAAUAAUGGCUGCCAACAUGAAAAUUACAAGAUGGCCUAAGUAUGCUAGAUAUACAAUGCUGGUACAUAAACGCCGACAUAUCAAUCCUCAGAGGUUGGCUUUAUUGGGAAAAACAAAGUAUAGAUACAAAAGUGAUGGUUUGAAUAGUUUGAAAUACAAGCGUGUUGCCUUCAAACAAAAUCAGCUGUUUACAUCAAUGAUAUUCAAAUUACCUUGAUGAAGACAACACUCUAUUCAUACUGUAUAUUGAAUUACAGCAGCCUUUGAGAAACUAAGAAGGAAAUUUCAGAUAUGCCUACUGUAUUCCAGUAAUUAUUCGAGUGUAGCCAGUUAGUCUGUUUUGUAGUAUUAUAGUUUUUAUAUUACAAUAACGGUUAAAAAUAUUAGAUCAUUUUAUUUUUGUAUCCACCUAUUGAAGGUUUUAUAUCUAUAGUGGGCCUUAGUUUAUUAAUAUUAUUUGGUCGUUCAAUAAAAUACAAUGGACAUUUUUUCAAUAUAUGGUACCGUACUAUACUUUUAAAUUCCAUACUUUAUAACUAUGAAAAUAGCAACUAAUGAGUUUGUGUUCAUUCUAUUGAUAAGUUAAUGAUCCUCCAACUCUACGUAAAACAUUAUUUAGUAGGCUAGGUACCAGUAAACCGAGUCUUUGUACCAGGCAGUUGAAAUUUUAAAUAGCUAGCAAUCAAUACUCAAGUUUAAAGAAAUCACUAGCAAUAUUCUUUAUUGUAUUUUACAAAUGUUCAGAGUAUCCUCUAAUAUGGAUAUUCUUCUUCAGUGUAAUAAAUAAAUAUUUUUUUUUUUAAUGUUAAAGAGACAUGGGUUGGGUGACUAUUUGACUUUGAAAAUAUUUAUAGAUUCAAUAAGUUCAUUUUCAAGUGCUACACAUAGUGAAACUGAGUGUAAAACUUUCAAAUGAAUGAAAUAACAUUUAAUACAAAAAAAUCCACUUCGAAAAAAUGGUGAAUACUAUUUUUAUUGGAAAUUAUUCCAGUUUCUGCUUCCUAACGAUUUUUUGUAGCAUUGAGGCAUGUUGGCUGCACCUGCAGAGUCUGCAACAAAUGAAUAUUCAGAACGUAUUUAUUUCAAACAAGGUUGAUUAUGUUUUAUUUGAUAAAAUACAUAAGUUUUAUCUUAUUUUGCAUUCCAUUUGUAUCAUUAUUCUGAAUAAUUUCCAUACAGAGGCAAACUAAACACCAAAUUUCGCCUAAACGUUGACAUUCUUCAACCAAUAUUUAACUAGUAACAGUAUCUGAACCAGUUCAACUAUGGAUAUUUUGAAUACACCAAUUGAAAUAUAAUAAAAAAGCGAAAAUAAAAUGUACUCACCUAUAUCAUAAGUCUUUUGGAAAUAGGAUUUCUAAUAAGACUGUUUUCUUAUAAUUCACUUAUAUCUUCCCAGUGAAUUCACUUGGUAUUAUUUUUUAACUUGAGACCAUUCGAAUUUUCCAAAAUUAGUCAACAAUAUGUUGGGGCUCACUUCUUUAUCUUGUGGAUCAGUCAUUGUCAUCCAGACUUUACGUCACAUUAAACAUUUGAAUAGAGGUAUUAAUAAAAUUGUAGUUAAUAUAAUGCUAAAAAAUGCAUAUUCUGCAUUUUAUAUUAUCCAAUUCAAUCAAUCGUUGACCAGCCUCAUGCUGGAUAGAUUCAUCAACAAUAUGUGAUGUUACAAAAUUGUAUAAUAGGAUUAAUUAA